UGGCGCCUCCGGAUCCAAAAAGGCAAUAACGUCUCUUAUUCUCUUGUCAACUGAAAGACAGAACUGUACAUUUUCAGCGCUUUAGGACAAUAAUCACUGCAUUGUAACUGGACUGUGGCUUUUGUCUUUCAUUCUUACUCAACUGACAUGCCGUCUCCUAAAGCAAAAAGCAGCGGGGGUCGCAGUGGCAGUGUUUCUGGUAUCAGUAACAACGGGCGCUACGAAUUCAUGUCACUGAGUAGAAAUCCACCACCACACCUGCUGCAAAGACAAGGAUCAGAUCCGACAUCGGCUCGACUCCGUGCCUCUGAGAGCCCGAUACGUCGCCGAGGCUCAGGGUCAUCUAAUGCCUCCACGUCGUCAACCGGCAAUCAGCAGAUGCCGGAAGAGGACUGCAUGCGACUAAACCCGUCUUUUGUCGGAAUAGCGUUCAGCUCCUUAUUAGCGAUCGACUUGUGGCUUUCCAAGCGACUGGGUGUAUGCGCCUGUGAGGACUCGUCGUGGGGUAGCUUUCGCCCCCUGAUGAAACUGAUUGAGAUUUCUGGUCAUGGAAUUCCGUGGCUGGUCGGUGCUGCUUAUUGUCUAUAUAAGAGCGACAGCGCCGCUGGUCAAGAGGUCAUGUUAAAUCUACUGAUGGCCCUGCUAUUGGACCUGGUUCUGGUGGGCGUAGUUAAGGCGGCAGUUCGCCGGCGCCGUCCUGCACAUAACCGAAUGGACAUGUUCGCCACCUUCUCCGUCGACCGCUACUCCUUUCCAUCGGGCCAUGCCACCCGCGCUGCCAUGUGCGCCCGCUUCUUGUUGGCACACUUAGUGUUGGCAGCGCCACUCCGCGUGCUCAUCCUGCUCUGGGCCGGUGUUGUGGGUCUCUCUCGGGUCCUCCUCGGACGCCAUAACGUGACAGAUGUGGCAUUUGGUUUUUGCAUGGGCUACUGCCAGUACAACCUGGUGGAGAUGCUUUGGCUGUCACCAGCAGCACUGCAAAGCAUGCUGGGACAGCAGGGCUGAGAGUGGGGCGUAGAA